UGAACUGGCCUAACUAAUUAACGUGAGCCAUAUGUUGGAGAUGUUUGCAGAUAAGCAAUGGAUGAGAAAGAGCUGAGUGAUCCCCUGAAUAACGUAUCACUGAUUAAAGGCGACAUCACCAAGUCAAACAUGGGGUCCACUGGUGACUCGGAAAAAAUCAUCCAGCGCUUGAACGAUGAACUUCAGGUAGCCCAGGAGCUAGCGAAUACAGAGAAACACAAAUGCAUGGAGCUUCACGGUAUCCUGGAGGAAGAGAGAAAAGACAAUAAACAACAAGCUGAUGAAUCUGCAAAACAGAUAAAACUUCUUCAAGGCCAGCUGCGGCAGCUCCAGGAUGAAAUGGGAAUUCUCAGAGAGCAGAUGGAUAACUCCAGUUCACGUGAUGAGUUACAAAGUUCACGAGAUGAGGUGAAGUCACUGAAACGUACCCUAGAGGCAGCUGCUACUGAGCGGGACCGAGACGUCAAUGCUGUCCAGACUAACCUGGCAACCGUCUCAAAGGAUCUGGAUAAAUGGCGUCAGACUGCCAACAAAUAUGAGCGUGAGAUUGACAACUUACAGCGUGACCUUCAGCAGCAGAGCAAGCAGUGGCAGAAAACUGCAGAAAUACAAGCCAAUGAACUGCAGUCCAUGCAGGUGGAGUGUAAUGGCCUUCAGAAAGAGUGUUCUGUACUGCGAUCUGAAAAACAGGACAUGGUGAAUAAGCAUCAGAAAGAAAUAAUCAGUCUGCAAAGUGAGUGUGCUUCCCUCAGGGCUGAGAAGGAAGACCUCUUCAAGACUCACCAGAAAGUGUGCUCUGAGAAAGAGGGAAUGCUGCAGAAACAGCAGCAGCUGGAGAAGGACCUUGUCAGCUCGCGUGCCCAGAAUGCUGAGCUGAGCAAUAGCCUUAAAGCCCUAGAGAGAUCCCAGCAGGAGUUGGAGAAGAAGCUGGUGGCCCUGCAGCUCCAGCAGCAGCAGGAUAGCACCAAGCUGCAAAACCAACUAGAUGAGGCGGACAGCCGUAGCACGGCCCUGCAAAGAGAGUGUGAGGAGGCUAAGACAGAGCUGUCUGAUCUGAAGGAAAAGUAUGAGAAGACUGAGCAGGAAAAGCAAUCACUCACAGAUGAACUUGAGGAGUGCAAAGCCAACAUGAAGGAAUUACAGGAGAAAGGGACAAAGACUUCCCUAUUGCUGCCUGUUCAAGCCAUAGUCAUCGGCCUUAUCCUGGCUUUGCUGUAUUGGUGCUUCGGCGCAUUGUGGUAG